AUGAGUGGAGCAAUCGAGUCGCGAAUCGAAGUUGCGCCCUGUGGUUGCGAGGAGAGCGUGCAGUUGCGACAUAGAAACAACUCACUACAAGAACAGCUCCAAUAUCUCACAGAUGUCGUUGGCACCCGAAACGAAGAUCUUCGUCAAAAGAAUGAUCAUUUGGAGGCUGAUAACAAGAAGUUACGACGGGACGUUGAAAUUCUGAAGGGAGGUCAUCAACUUCACGCCGAUGUCAUGAACAACGCCUUGAUCUAUUCCUCGGAGCUAUUUGGGAAGGAUGAGCCAACAGGGAAAAAAGAAAUGUCUGGUGCUGACGUUCAAACUGAAGACUUCGGACAUCUCGAGGAUGGAUGCACUGUGUGUACAACCAUUGAGGCGAUUGGAGCACAUUGUCAACAACUCCUGGAUGAGCAGACCGCAAUGGAAAAAGAGCUGGGGUCAGCUGCACAAAAGAUUGCGAUGUUUGUUGAACGUUUAGAAAUGGAAUUGGCGGCUAAGCAGGCGAUUGAAGCACAUUGUCAACAACUCCUGGAUGAGCGGGCCGGAAUGGAAAAAGAGCUGGGGUCAGCUACACGAAAGAUUGCGAUGUUUGUUGAACGGUUAGAAAUAGAAUUGGAGGCUAAACAGGCUCUUCAAGCUGAUUACGACCGUGUCAAGGCUGAUCAAGAACAGUUCCUUCUCGAAUUCGAAGAACUUGUGGAUCUUUAUCGAAAAGCUGUUGAGCAAAAUGAGAAGCUUCGCGAUGAAAUGGAAAAUCAAGGGCUGGUCACGUUAGGGAGCAGUGGAGCUUUGGAUCAAGCGUUUCGAUCGGAUUUCGAUUCGCUCGAAGAAGCUAUUGCGAAACAAAACGAUUUCGACCAAAGGAUCGUCAAUGUUCUGAAGAAGCAAGGGCCAGGGACUUCCGGAUGCUUCAAGCCUCUUCUGGUGGGCUUCUUGGUAAUCGUCAUAGUCUUCUUCGCCACGCUCGCUUCCGUUUCCGUCUCCAUCGAUUUAACCGACCCAAAUGCGCUUUAUGAUCGACAUCACUACGCC